AUGAAGAACAAAAAAUGGGCCCUCCCUCUCUCUCACCCAAAGAUGAAGAUUCAAGAUCGGAAAUUGAAAUGGAAGAAGAAUGAAAAGAAAAUUGGAAAGCACCACAUUUUGCAAGAAAUGUUAAAAGCUGAUGAAAGAGUCAAAGAAUUGACUGUCAGGUGUGAAUUGCAGCAACCUUCUGCUUCAAGAAAAAUAUUUUGUAAAGAACUGAAGAAAAAGGAAAAGAAGAAAAACUCUAAGAACUUGAAAGAGGAUGCUGGUGUUAUAGAGUGUGUUAAUUGGGACUUGGAGGAACUAGAAGCUGCAAAAAACAAACUCAAAGAACUCCAAGAUGAGUAUUAUGGAAAUGACAAUAGUCAAAAGGGAAAAGCUACUAAUGAAAAUCUUACACAAGUUUGUAUCAUUAGACCAAAUGGGAAACAGAAGCCAAAAUCAGUUAAAAGUAUCAUACCAGUGUUCAAUAUGGCAAGACCAUUAGCAAAAAUAUGUGACAUCAAUGACAGCAAAGAACUUAGGAAAGUUGUUGUUCGUGGUGGUGACAUACAUGUUGUUGUUCCUGCACCGCAUGUAUCUCUUUUUUCUGAAAAGAUGGUCUUGGAUCAUAGUUACACUGUUUCCAAUUUUAAGGUUCAGGCUAAUGUUGCGGCUUUCAGACCUUCGUCUCAUAAGUUUAUGUUGAAGUUUACUGCUGGCACUACGGUUACGGAUGAUAACAACGCUGAAAUACCUCCAAAGCCGUUGGUGUUUACUAAAUUUACUUAUAUAAUAAACGGCAACUUUAACAAGGAUGUGCUAAUAGAUGUCAUUGGUAUGGUGGAAAGUAUUGGGUAUUCACAGACCACAACAGGUGUCCGGAAGCAGCUGAUUAACAUGAUGUUGCGUGACGGGGGUGAGAAUACUAUUAAUUGCACGCUUUGGGAAUCCUAUGCUGAACAAUUCAUGAAGUUCAAGCAGGAGCGCGGAGAUGAUUCGGGUCCUAUAUUUGUCAUGAUUCAAUAUGCUAAAGUCAAGGAACAGGGUAAGUUUCCACUGUCCGUGACAAACACGUUUAAUGUUACCGUCCUUGGUCUGAAUAGUGAUUUGCUGCCGAUGAAAGAGUUUAUAGAAAGUUUUCCGAAGGAUUCCAUGAUUACGUUGUCUGGCCAGGAGGGUUCCAAUUCACAGCUUUCAGCACAGAACACUGAAAAUCAACAGAUGACUCCCGUACAGUAA